GUUAAAGAACGACAACUCUGUUAUAGUUUGGACCUCAAGCACAACUAUCGAGAAAAGCAACUUUAGAAAUGGAAAGUGAUUGGCCUGGGCGCUGGAACCAUGUCAAGAAAUUCUUGGAAAGAGAUGGACCUUUUGCUCACCCUGAUUUUGAACCAAGUUCAGAGACUCUGCAGUUCAUGCAAGAAAUUUGUAAGAUCCUUGUCAUCGGAGCAGGAGGACUUGGGUGUGAGUUGCUGAAAAACCUGGCGCUGCUUGGUUUUCGCAAUAUUGACGUGAUUGAUAUGGACAUCAUUGAUGUUUCCAAUCUCAACAGGCAGUUCCUCUUCAGACCAAAGGAUGUUGGGAAAGCUAAGGCUGAAGUUGCAGCUGAUUUUGUCAACAAUCGAGUCCCAGGAUGCAAAGUCACAGCACAUUACGCAAAGAUUCAAGACUAUGAUGAGGCAUUUUACAGAGGUUUCCACAUCAUUGUGUGCGGCCUGGACUCCAUCAUUGCGCGGCGCUGGAUCAACGGCAUGCUGAUAAGCUUGUUGAACUAUGAAGAUGGAGAGCUGGACCAGUCGUCCAUCAUCCCUAUGGUGGAUGGGGGGACAGAGGGCUUCAAGGGGAACGCCCGUGUUGUCCUGCCGGGGAUGACAGCUUGUAUAGAGUGUACGCUGGACUUGUAUCCCCCUCAGGUAAACUUCCCCCUCUGCACAAUUGCGCACACGCCGCGGCUGCCGGAGCACUGUAUAGAGUACGUCAGGAUCCUGCUGUGGCCCAAGGAGCAGCCGUUCGGGGAGGGUGUGGCUAUAGAUGGAGAUGACCCCAAACACAUCAACUGGAUCCUUGAGAAGUCCCAGGAGAGAGCUGAUGAAUAUAGGAUACUAGGUGUAACGUACAGACUCACACAGGGUGUUGUCAAGAGAAUCAUCCCCGCGGUGGCGUCUACUAAUGCAGUGAUAGCAGCGGCCUGUGCUACGGAGGUGUUCAAGGUGGCAACAAGCUGCUCGCAUCCUCUCAACAACUACAUGAACUUCAACGACACAGAAGGGGUGUACACAUUCACAUUCGAGGCACAGAAGAGGGAGGACUGUAUGGGCUGCAGCCAGAUCCCUCAAGCCCUCUCCUUCUCCGAGAACGACAAGCUGCAGGACGUCAUCACACACCUCAUCGAGAGUAAUACGUAUCAGAUGAAGUCCCCUGGCAUUACUACCUGUGUAGAUGGUAAAAACAAAACUCUGUACAUGCAGACUGUGAAAUCUAUAGAAGAAAAAACAAAAGAAAAUUUAAAGAAAAGUCUUAAAGAUUUAGGUCUACGUAAUGGUCAGGAGAUCUAUGUAGCUGAUGUGACCACACCCACCUCCAUCACCUUCAGGCUUCAGUUGGGGACCAGUAUGGACGACAGCUAAACAGUGAUGUGUGCAAGGAAUGAACAAAAACAAUGAACUACUCACAUGCACAGACAUAACGACUGGAUAUUUUAAUGCAUCGACAAGUGCUAUUUCCGUUUCAACACUUAAGUUUUUUAUGAGAGAAGAUCAGGAAGUAGUGUUGUGGACACAACAUCCAACCCUGCCUAGGUACCGCAACAAUCACUGGCCUUUCUACUGCAAGGUUCACACAGGGUUGCAAGGGCCUUAAAUUUGACUGUCUGGCCUUGAAAAGACCUUAAGGUUGAAUAUGUCUUGAAAAAGUUUUGGAUUUUAAAAAAUGUCUUGAAUUGACAAGCAAGGUUAAAAUAUUUUACAAUUACGGUUUUAUGAUGAUAUGAAGUCAGAGAUAGGUUUGUCGAUCACUGGAGAAGUAAUGUGAAAACACUGGUGUAGAUUAAAAUCUUAAUAAUCAGGGGCAGGCACCAACUACUCAGAACUCAUUACAGUGUAUCUUCCUGAGGCAAGGGCAUUAGCUGACUUUUAAAGUCCAGUUUCCACCCUUGUUGAGCUAGGCUGGAUUUUCCAGGCUUUAUCAUAGCGCCACCAGGGACUUUUACGAGUUAUGUCCCUUUUAUGUCCCUCCCAUUGACCAAUCAGAUUCCACCUCUUCUAUCACUUGCAAUUUCUUCAAUCAAAAUGGCGGCACCAAGUCAAGAUCAUCUGAUCGAUAGUCAAGACCUGUAUUGUAAUAAGACAGGCCUUACCUUGCGAAGUGCAUCAGAUUACUUGAGCACCCUGAUUAAAAACAUGAAAAGAUUUGCAAAAUAUCUGUUGACGCCCAGUUGGCAGUACACAUGCUUUGCAAAUCCUUCAGUUGACAGAAAUCUGCAU